AUGUCGAAUGGGAGUUAAUAGUCUUUGCAAUAAUUGGCUAGGAAUUCUUUACCAGAUAUUGAAUUUUAAUAUUUCUUUGAUUCCACAAGUUCUAAGUAUUUUAAGCCUAGACUAGAAAUGUAUAGAUAAGUGGAGUAAACUGGAUAUUAAAUAGAUGAAAUUUUACAUGUGGCUGGGGCUAUUAUUGAUGUUAAAGGAGCAAGGGAUUAUGGACUUUUUGUGGGACAUAAUAAAAUUAUAGAUGAUUAAUUUUAUGGUUUUUUGGAAUCUGAAAAACCUUGCUUCGAAGUUAAAGAUAUUUCAGGGGUUGUUGAUGUCAUGUUAAGUUAAGAUCCUAAUUUAGUGAAGCUUUAUUUUAAAAAAGAUAAUGGAUAGAUUAUUUAGUGA